AUGACAUCACUUAUACCAAGAGAUGAGUUGGAAAACGUGCAAGCAAAGUAAACGAAAACUUUGAAAUGAAACGUGUUAGCAUUGUUGAAAGAGAAACGAAAUGUGUCUGCUAACAAAAACUGAAACAAGUGCGCAGAAAAUUGAAAAGCUACAUAGUGAAAAAUGCAUACAAAAAACUAUAUUAUUCCAGUAUUUAUUCAUUUUUUUGUAUAAAACCUGAUCUUAAAGAUGGCUGUUUCUGAAAGCUAAUUGAAGACACAUCCUUAGCCACAUAAAAAGUUUACAUAAAAUCAAUUAACGCCUCGAAAAUAGCUGAAAUAGCCCUCGCUUUUCUUGCACUUAAUUUAUGUUCACUUGAACUUUCUCUACUUUGUUAAUGUAUUUCACAACAAUUAAAAGGAUUUAGUACUGUACAACUGUUUUCGAUCAUGCAAAGCAUAAUUCAGUUAAAAGUGAUUUCACAAUUAAUGAAACUGUUAAGAAACUGAAGGAGGUUGUAAUUGCAGUUUUUUUCUACGAUUUUAGCACAAUUUGUUCAUAGACUACCUUGUUUCGAGAACGAGGUUUAUUUCUACAAUCACCUCGGAGCCUCUGUGAUUUUUUUAUUUGAUAAGAGAAACAGUGAUCAUUUUCAAAAUCAUAUCCGAGUAUUUGUGGAUCUCUUUAUAUUCCAAUUUGAAAAAUAUCAUUAAAAUCACCAACAACUUUAGGAAUAUUCCUUGUAUUUUAUCAUAGACACAAAACUAUUAAAAUUUGUCAAAAAUCGAUGAACACCUCGGGCUCCCUUUUGUUCUGUCGUCCAGUCCCGCUUCCUAUUUUUCCUGUUACACGUGGCAAAGUGACAGCGCAGGCGCAGUUCCUCGUCGAAACAUGGCGGACGAGAGGUCAACGAAAGGCAUAAAUAUUCCGACGCUGUUUAAAUUUGCGCUUUCCAUACUCACGCUGAAUUAAUUUUCCAGGAUGUGCUCUGUGCUGGCAUCCACUAGGAUAAAUAAUCUUCAGAUUCUGAUUUUAGUGUUUUGGCAAUUUGCAAUUGUCACAGAUUGCAAAACAGUUCACGGGGUGUUGAGUUCCAGACAAGCUCGUCUGUAUCAAGGCCAGUAUAUUACUAAGUUUUGCUUUUAUGGUAAGUUCUCUUUCUCUUCUGUAAUAAAAUUGCAAACAGAAAUUCGCUCAAAGUAGCAUAAUUCAGAGGUCUAGGACUGGUUAAACCCAGCUGUGCACGCUGAAAUAUUUUACAUCAAAGAGCGGUUGUUUUCCCAUGUGAUCAGCUAUAAUUAUUUUAAUUUCAAGUGCACCUCUUAACUGUCAAGGGAUUUUUCUUAAAGACUUUAGGAAAAGCAGCGCUUAAAUUUUUCUCCCCUUAGGCUGUUGCAUCCUUAGUAUGUUUGUUUAUGAUUUAUUUAAAGAAGAUGAAUUUUCUGGGCCUUGCAGUAAAUUGUCAUGCCGUUCUGCUUUAAUUUUGACAUUUAAACCCUGAGGAUUGUAGAUCAGUACCACUAGAGCGGAAAGUCGAUAUAACGAAGGGCUAAGGUACUGACAAAAUAUGUUUGCUGUAAAGAGGUUUCACUGAAUCAAUGUUCUCUUCCAUAUAUUUUACUAUUACUGGGGCUAGGAAUAUCAUUUGUUAUACGAAGGACUUAGUUAUUAGAAGUUUGUUAUAUCGAGUUGCUACUGUACAACUUUAUACAAGAUCUGCCCUGCACUGUAGCCUCCCACACAAACGUUUGACUCACUAGUGGGGCAGGAACCCCUAAGAACGUCUGCGGAGGAGGCUAUCCUACACUGCAGCUAUCUCCCAGUUACAGCGAAAUCUCGUAGUUAGAACAAAAUGGCUGAGUUUUCUUACACAGUUUAGGGCACCAUUCUCAUGAGUCUAGCCUUACUUAAAAUUGGCACAAAGGGCUGCAUGAUUAGUUUUGAAUAAAUCACUAAAAUGCUGAUGAAUUACUAUUUAUUAUUAUUUUAUCAACAAACAGGUGAGGCACUUGUUAAAUUCAAGCUGAACACUACAGCAACUGGGAAACUCUAUUUCUACCUUGGUGACAAAUGGCCCCAAGUUGAACAAAUUUCACAGUGUCAGACCAAACUUGACCAGGCACAAUAUUCAUGUAAGUUUUCAGUCAAUGCACUAGUAUUGAAAGGUGUUUCAUUUAAACGGUCACAUCACAGGACUUAGCCGACAGACUCUUCAAUUCAUGACUGUAUUAUUGAUAAAAAGGAUGGAUACCUUGGUAAAACAAACACCUAGAGUUAGCCUCUGCCUUUCUUUACGGUCGGCCCGGGGGGGCGGGGGGGUACUGCCAUAUAUGGGCUAUAUAGGUACCGCUGUGAAGGGUAUGGUUUUCAAGCAGUUUACUCUAGGAUAGGGUAUAUAAAUCAGAGUGUUUGGCUCUAGAAUAGAGUAUCAUUUUUCAGGAAACUGAUUAGUUGGUUGAAGAUUUUAUCCAGACUAGGUACACAGCUACUCUAGGAUAGGGGGAUUUGGAGAGUUUACUCUAGUAUAGGGUAGCAAAAUUCAACUGAACUAGCUCUGGUAAAGGUUAAGGGUUCCAGGCUCCCAGCGGCACAUCCCCACCCAGAAAUUCCUAAAGUGCCCCCCCCUCCCCCCCGGGACUGUCGGUCCCAAAAAUGUCCAUUUUAGACAGAGUUAUUUGUAUAUUUGUUAGCAUUUCAAAGUGUGCUCAGCUAAAUGGUGCAUCUUUCUGUUUGUGUUUUUUAGUUGGAUUGAGUACAAUAUCUGGAGAAAACAAAUUUGCACCUUGGGACGACCCCAAGGUGUGGCAUGUGUUGUAUGCUGACCCUGUUACUUGUGACUCCAGUGUUCCAGCUCUCGAAGAUGUGACUUUUACAUUGCAAAUGUUAAAUCCUGAUUCUGGAGGAAAACCAAUCAUUCACUGUGGCUGUGAUGAAACAGGUUCCUUUCUUUUAAUUGUAAUAUUGUUAUAAUAAUAGCUGGAAUUUUUUUCCCAAAACGAGUGGGCAACAUUGCAAAAUUUAUGACAUCAGAGGGUAACAGUGCACUGUUUACCCUGGUUACAAUGAGGUUUGGAGCUUCAAAAUUUCAGCGACAAAUUACUUCAACAUCUAACAAUGACACUGCUCCUUUGCCAAACCAAAAGUUAACUUAAGGGCACAUUCAUGUGACUUUUGGGCUAAGUGAUUUUGGAGUGAAACAAAUUGCAAAAUUUAUGACAUCAGAGGGUAACAGUGCGUGGAAAACUGUUUGGAAAACAAACCCAUGAAUGUUGACCAGACAAACACACAAUUACAAUGAGGUUUAAGGGAGCGUGGACUUUUUUCCAGUUCAAAAAUUUCAAAAAUUUCCAGCUAUAUGACAGGGAAAAAUUUUAAAAGAGUUUUUCAACAUUGGUCUAUUUUUUAUUAAUGGUUUUAUAACGAUGUGUAAUCUUAAAAAGCGUUUGAUACGCUCGGCAUUUGAGUACUCCUGCAAGCGAUGUUUUUUGAACGGUUGAAAACAAACGGCAAAGCGAUGAAAAAUUACACUUUUGAGACUACCAACAAUCAAUAAAGAAAUAUAAUUCGUAGAACAUUUUUUACAGAGACAACAAUUUUCAUUCACGAAAACAAAUGAGUAUUUAAGUGUCUCUAAGAAUCCUCAAGUCUUUACUAAUAAGAUUAAAGAUUAAGUUUAUGUUUUAAAGUCACGGUUUCCGGUGUUUGCUGUUUUCAAAGAUGAACUCACGACAAGAAAAUCGCUCAAAGCUUUCUUUCUACAGCCAAAAUUAUAACUAAAUAUUCUUCGGAAAGUCUUUUCUUUCUAUUUACGGUGAAUUCAUAUCGACUAAAGGCUUUUUAAAGUUCUGUAAGCUUAAGCUUAUAUCAAACCUCAUACUAGGUCAGAUCAGUGUCUCAGUCAAAUCUUAAUACCAACGUGCAUAAACUAGCUUCAUAAACUGCGCCGCUGGACUUCAUGAAAUUAUAUUUAAAUACAAUAAUUACUCAGGCUUACCAUAAUUCGAGAUGCAGCUCCUGAAAGCUAUCACGUAGGGCAAGGAUCGCUUGAGCCUUUAUAUUUCUCGUACACAUCCAGCAAGGUAAAAAACAAAAACGAUGCCAUCCGAAAUCGGAUUAGCGGCUUUGACAAGCGACGCAUUUCUCAACCAAAAACCCAAUAAACAAACCAGCCAUGAAUAAGAGAACACUGUUGAUAGCAGCUGUAUUUCAUUUUGUACAUCCAGUGGAAAAAGACAGUUAAAAACAUCACAAGUUGACUCAAACUCUGUCAGCUUCAGCUGUCAAAGUAAAACAACUUUCAAGAUGCUGCAUAAAUUUUACGCAUGAACUCACCUGUCAAAUUUUAACCAAUCAGAGCAUAAAAAUUUGGCGUGGAGCGUGAUCAACACGUGACCAUGGUAAGAAAAGGUCUUCCCCGCCUGCCCGCCUGUAUAUUAAAAAAACUGGCUGAAUUUUUGCGUCUGAGGUCAGUUUGAAAUCAAAAUCGUAAUAGUGCGGGACUAUACUGACAUAAACACAACAUAUUUGAUAUGAAUUUAAAAAAAAGUAAACGUGAGCCUGCGAUCAUUUGAAAACGAGUAAAUUGUCAGCGGAUAACUUCAAAAAAACACUCGACCUUGAUGGGUCGACACCUGAGCCCGCGAUACGGUCAGGUGAUACUGGUCAGCGGAUACCUUGUUUUGACAGCUGUCAAUUGAUGACAACAUUGAUGUGCAGUCAGCUUUCUCCUGGGCUCCCAACGUAACUAGAAAGUGUGAGAGUAAACAUUGGUAUGCCUGUGGUGCGGACGGACGGUCGGUCACGUGAUUACCAAAUUUUCUGGGAUGGGUAGAUUUAUUUACCCAUGGUGCUCCGCAGGCGCGCUUCGCGCACGGAGGUCCGCUAUUAAGUGUUUACUGUUACAGGUCAAAAUUAAAUUCAGGUUAAAAUUUUUCAAACUACAAUGUAGGUUGAUUUUCUUUAAAUUUUGACCUGUAAUCAUAAGCACAUGUAAAAUACCAUUGUGUUACUCUUUUUACAAAUUAAAACAGUAAUCCACAAUUUUCAGUGAAGGAACCAAAAUUUUAGAUUUUAUCCUUGUUUCUGAGCACAUUUAUUUUCUCUUUUGUCCUCAUGCUUCCCUUUCCCCACGUGUUGGUUUGGUUGGUUGAUCCCACACUCUCCCACUAGUGAUGUGCCGAACAUCCAUUAUAAUCAAACAUUGAUCAUACAAAAACCUUAAGUGACACAAUUAUAAUAUUGAUUAUGCAAACUGUUCAAUCGAUUAUCGUAGUGAGUAAAAGAAAUAUACGUUGUUGGCAUAUAAAAGUAAUAAACCUUGUGAUGUAACAGAGUUGCAAUGCAAUAAUAAUUAUGAUCCAUUGAUGACCCUUUUAUGAUAAAUUUUUGUCAUUUUGAUUAAGGUGUUUUUUUCAUUCACAAAAUGAUUGUCGUUAAUAAAAGUGGCCCUCAGUCAAAAAGUCAAAAUGUUAUGUUACAUUGAUUUGUGUACUAGUGGAAAAUAAAGGAAAUAAUUAUUGUUAGGAAGAGAUUUUUCUGAAUCUUAUAACCAAUGAUCGAUUGUUUGGGUCAAUUCAUCAGUUUAUUUCCGAUGAUCAAUUACAUGUAUAUUAUAAAUCCUAACAAUAAUUAUUUUGGAUAUACUGAGCUAAGGUACAUAGAAUGAUAAACAUUCUAGGCUAAAUUGCUCUAGGCAAAGUAUUUGGCAGGAAAUGGAGAGCUCCCUGGGGAUGUUACUUACAGUUCUAGAAGCUUUUAAAUUCCACAUUUCGUACUGGCCAAUUAAAAGUGGGGAUUUAAAAUGAGUGAUUUGCUGUGAUGAAGUGUUAGCACUUGAAACAUCAGCAUUUCACUCUUUUUACUCUGGCAAUUCAUGUCAUCAACUCAAUAGUUGAUAAAACCCAAUUUUCAUGUUUCAUUCCCCUAACAAUGUAGCCUCACAUUUCCUUGAGAUACUUAUCACCCUCUUAUUAACCCUUUUAAGCCCUAAUAUCCACAUACAAAUUCUCCACACUGAUAUUCAUACAUUUCGUUAGAGAUAAGUUGAGAGAGUUUAAUAAAAGAUCAAAGCAUUUUCUCUUUGGUGAUCUUUUGAUUAAUUCUUGUAACCAUUUCUCUUGACAAUAUUAGGAUAUUGUUACGAGAAACCUGAUGUUAAUUUAACUACAAGUUAGCUUUUAUGUACAGAAGACGGAAGGGGCCCAAAUCCCAGAAAAAUAUUUUAUCAUGAUAUCGCAGUUCAACUACCUGUUAUGACUUUUCUACUCUUUACUGUAAUAUUUUAUCUAAAUUUGUAUUUAAUACUGAUUCAUUGAAAUUUCUCCAUUAGGUUUGGUAUCAUUUUAUGAGAUUCUUGCCUUUCUAUACUUUGCUGGAGCCAUAGCCUAUGGCCAGCGUCUCUGGCAGACAAUACAGAAAGGAGGGCCAAUGCACUUGGUAUGAUUACACUUUUUGCACUUACUGCAAAUUAGAUUUUCUAUUUGCGGGUUGUCAAACAUCUUUUUCAUACAUCACUCAACUACAUAAUACAGACUUGCUUGCCGUAUUGUUUAUAUGCAUUUCUUGAAUUCUUUUGCCACACUUCUUGUACCCUUCAGAACUGCAUACUGUAUCUUUCACUCCAACUCCCAGCCCUUCCUUAAGUUACUAUUAACUCUAUCACUGGUCUUAUAACAAAAGAAAAAUUUCUUCAUGUAAAAUCCAAGAAAUAUAGAGCACUAUGCAAACAUUCUACCAAAGAGGUUUUAUUUAAAUGGUAACACCAUAGGAUUUCAUCCACAGACUCAAAAGUAAGAACUACAUACUAUUAAUGAAUAGUAACAUGUGAAAGUACUGUUGAAGAGGUUUCAUUUGAAUGGUAACAAGAGUGGCAAAUAAUCUUGCCAUAACAUGGUGUGGGAAUGAAAGGGUGGAUACUUUAGGAACUCUUAUUUUUGUUGACUUCCUACCUCUUAACUUCCCUACUUUCUUUCUUUGCUGUAAAACCAUGUAAAGCAAAGCUUUUUCUUUGAUUGCAGGUGAUAAAAAUGUUGUCAAUUGCAGUGAUUUACCAGACAGUGGGGCAUUUUCUUACCCUCAUCCACAUUUACAGGUAACAAGAGCCCAAAGGUUUUCUUUUUUCCUGAGCAUGCACUUUGUACAAGCUAAUGUGGCUUUUUCAAGUCAAUUCCUUUCUGUUUAUGAUAUUCUCGUGGUGCCGGUACUACUGAGCUUAAAAAGUCUUGUCCAGUUUUCCAGGCAAGUAGAUUUUUCUGCAGGCAAGCGACUUUUCAUGUUCUGUAGUUUCAUAGGGCACUCUCAACAUUUUGCAUGGUGUACAGGUGUAGUUCUUUAACAAUUUUUGUGUUUGUUAUUUUGUUUCUGUAAGUCAUAUGUUUUUUGAAAUAAAUUGAGUUGCUUGUCUGAAUGGUAUUCUGCAAAUAAUUUAGGAAUUUUUUCACACCGUGUAUGUAACUGUGGCCUAAAAAUUGUCAAAGUUCCACAAGUGCUGCUGGAAAUUGCCAACACGAAAAGUAGAAAGCAAAGUUGAGUUAUACCCACUGGCCUACAGGCUCAGGUGAUGACCUUCAUGGUCCUUCAUGUUCCUUUUACAUAAAUUAUUCAGUGGCGGAUCCCGGGGAGGGGCCGGGGGGCCCACCCCCUCCCCCUAGUUUUAGACCAAACUGGAAAAAAAAUUUUGAGACCUCUUUGGGCUUAUUGAAAGUUUAUUUUCUUUUGUGUGUUUUUAUUUUUUAACACAGAUAUUCUAAGAAUGGUGAAGGUUAUCCCCUGCUUGCCAAGUUAUCAACAGGUAAAUUCAGUAAUUACUGUGCCAGUAACUCUAUGGUAUUGGUUAAUUAGUUUUAAUCUUUUAUCUUUAAUUAACAUAAUUGCCUAUAGCAAGCUUAUCUGGCAUCGAGUGGUUAGUCAAAUACAAGGAUGCUCAUAACGUUGACAGUGAAGGAGAAAAUACAAAAAUUAUCACUCGCACUAAAUUUAUACGGUGAAAAGCACUAUCCAGCUUUUGAACAACCGCUGCCUGUGAUUACUAUUUGUGUCUUAUUUUUUAAUGCAGCAGCAAAUGGCCUAGCUGAGUAUCAGAUGCUGCUGAUGAUGGCAAAGUUAUCCACAGGGUGGACUCUUAGCUCUUCAUUUUCAACUCUGGAUCCAAAACAGAUGAAGCAGAUUAGUGCCACUGUCAUAGCUAUUUCAAUUCUUGAGGUGUGUUUGAACUGUUGACUGUUAGGGGCCGUUUCCUUAGAGGGAGGAAGAUCCUAGAAGGUGGAUCAUCCUAUCGCUAUGUGUCCUCUGUAUUCAGUUUACAUUCAAAGGGUUGUCCUUGUCCCUAGCAUUAGGAUCUUCCUAGUGCAAGAAUCUUCCUAGCUGAGAGGUCGAAAGAUCAUUGUACUUGGAAGAUCUUAGCACAAUGUAAACUGCAUUUGCUAGGAGGAUCCUAGUACUAGGGACAAACCAGAGAAAAUGGCAGCAGGUCGUCCAUGGAGUAAUCACGGUAUUAAAGGCCCUCUGUUUUUGUUUGGCGUUAUUAUGAGCUGAUUUUUGUGAUAGCUCUGGGCCAGAGAUGAAGUAAAGAGAGCAGAAGGGGCCAAAUUGCAGUUUUGUUUUUGUUGCCAGCGAUUUUUAAUUCCUUCUCGAUCCAGCUCUACUUGGACACCGCAAGGACCAAAAUUUCUGUAUGUACCGGUAGAUCUAGGAUCUUCCUGUUACCAGGAUCUUCCUCUCUCAAUGUCAACAGCCCCCUUAUGUCAAAGCCAACUUAUGGACUCUUAUAGACACUUUGAAUCGGCAAUUUUGGUUUCAAAAUUAAUCAGUAAAUUAUAUCUAAUAAAUAUACUGUAAUUAUUAAAUUAAUGAAUUAUUAUAUAACAACUGAUUGGCCUAGAUAUCUUUGGGAAUGCAAGGCUGAUGCCAAUUCCUCUAGAAUUUUGUUCUUUCAACCAUGGAACCAUGUAUUUUCCUUUGAACUGACAGGUAGUUUUAAUUUGCAGGUCAUUUUCUCAUUUUGGGAGAUGUCUGUUCUUCUCAAUUUUGUAAAAAUUAUCAUAGCUGGAGCCUUUGGCUUUAAUAUAAAUAAGAAAAUUACAGAAGAAAGAAGCACUUUGCGCAGGGAAUUUUAUAACAAAUUUGCCAAGGUGGGUGUUUACAUUAAUAUCUCUACUUGUUUUUAGUGAUUUAAGUCCCGUUGGAAACGUCACAUUUCCUUCCAAAAUUAUAUCAGUUUUUCGAGGAUGUUGGUUUUUUAGACAGUGGGAUAAGCAACUCAUGAAAAAAAAAGUUCUCAAGUUCUCCAAAGGGUGAAAUCUAUCACCUUCUGGUUGCUUGUCUAAAUGCUACACCACUAAACCACAGGAAACUCAAAGGAGUUAACACCAUAUCAGACUUGCAUACUUCUAGCACUGGAAUGUUGAUAGGAAGCAUGUGUGACAUGACAUUCAAACAUGUUGGUGAAUUUUAAGUCGAAUGGAUCAGCGUACAAAGAAAGUCGUGUCUGAUAGCCCAGGGCUAGUGAUUUUUGUUCUUAACUUGCCCAAUGGGCAAGUACUGUUUUUUGGGGAAAUUCAAAUUACAGAAGGAUUGUAAUCAACCUUGCUAAUCAAAAAGGGUUUUGGGGCUAGCUGAAAUGACUUGUGGGCUAGUACAUGCUAGCUAAAGCUUGCCUGAAUGGCAGGUUGUAAAACUGACUUUCUUUGCACACUGAAUGGAUAUACAUUUUGUAUGAGAAUGUUUAUUUAGUCAGUCAGUCAGUCAGUCGGUGAGCCAGGCAAUAAAUUAAAUAUUUUGGUCAGAGAAAUCAUGCAAAUUUAUGGCACAAAUGAUGGAACAUAGAAUUAACUCUGAAGUGAAAACUGGAGUGCUAAAAUGACCCAUAUUCUUCUCUUUUCAGUGUUGUUUAACAUGGCUAUUAGCAUAUCCUGUUUUAGCAGUCCUUACAUUUAUGGUCCUGCCAUUUCACUAUAAAUAUAAGGUGAGCACAACAGAACGUAUUUCUUUUGAGGGAAAAUGUUUGUUAUUAUUAUUACUAUUAUUAUUGUUAUUAAAGAAUUUGAAUUCAGUGAGGGUUUUUUCAGUUAAAAUCCAAAAGGAUCCAAAAAAAGCACAGUUGAACACAGCUUGCUAAUGGGGAAUUAACUUUCUUAUUUUUGCUUUCAUCAUUUCAGGUUAUUACAUGGGGCUUAUUGACUGCACAGUCCAUAUCAAUCUUAUUAUUAUACAGACUGUUCUUAUCAAGGAGUCUAUACUGGGAAGUAUCUUCCCUUGCUACUAGCACCCUCCCUCUCCGCAUGGACAGAGGAUAUGGCACCAAGACUUACAACUCGGAUACUAGGACUGUUAGAAUACACAAACAUAUUGCCGUAAAUUAAACUAAAGUGUCUUCACUAUUAAAGUGGUGUGGACAAUUUUCAAUGCAAUUUGGAUUUUGGGAAUUUUUUUUUUCCAAAAAUAGAGAUGUUCCCUGAGAAAGGCAAAACAUAAUUUUAUUUAUAUUUGAUAUUUUUUCAUUGAUCCCUUUCCAAUGUAUGCACAUUUUAUCUUGAUUCUUGGAAGAUCCAAGUUUACUUCCUGAACUCAGGAUCUUCUGAGUCUCUUGGUGCAAAGAUCAAACAAUUAUUCGAUUGUGUGGAUUUUCUACCCACAUGUUAUACAGCAAUUGCCAAUAAGCGACUUUCCAAAUAGUAAAUUAUUUCUCUUUUUGUCAUCCUUUUUAAACAGCAGAGUUCUAAAUUUUAACAUUUCUGACAUUGCUAAAGCCUGUUUGCAUAUGUCAUGUAAAUACCGGAUGAUUGGGGAUAUGACUGUUUUCUAACCAUUGCAGAAUUGCACAUUCCCUCACCACAUUCUUCUCCCUGGCUUUGCUGCCAAAAUUUUCCCCAAACUCGCACAAGUGAGCCUGCUUGCAGGUAAUUGGUCUUCCUCCAGAAAAUGAAGUCAUGGAUUCCUUGUGUAUCCAACCACAAGAAUUCUAAAAGCCAAGGUUAGUGUUGCAAAAUAGCAACAGUGUAACUGCACCUGGAAGAGCAGGUUGUUGAAAGACUCUAUUUUCCACAAAAAAUAUAAGGCUAAUAGAACUUAUGCUAGGUGUUAUUUCAUAGGGUGGUUUUUCUUAACUCGUGAAAUAGGUAGUAGAAUACUACGCACUAUCAUGCGCUAAUUCUAUUGUCUUCUUUUGUUUAUUUGUAGCUAUUUUACACUAGUUGUUAUUAAUUGUUUCACGGGUCAAGUAAAAUUGCUCUAUGUUGAGUUGAUACAGGCUGUUAUAGCUAACUUUUAGUCUAUAAAUUACUGUUUAUAAAAUAUUUGUGCCAAUAAAGG